AUGUCGAGACGUCUGACCAUCAAGAAGAUCGAGGGCAAGCCUGGGGCUGUCUUCUACCCUCUCCAGCUCAAUGACGUUCCCAAGCCAGAGCCUGGUCCGAAUGAGGUCCUUGUCAAGAUCCACGCCGCCGCUCUAAACCACCGCGACUUCUUCCAGCGCCAGCACUUGUACCCAGGCAUCUCAUUCGAGAAUCCAAUCCUCGCGGACGGCAGCGGCACCGUGGUUGCUGUCGGCGCCGACGUCUCGGCUUCCACCAAGGCCCUGCUCAACAAGCCUGUCAUCCUCACUCCCUCGCGCGGCUGGGCCGCGCACCCAGACGGCCCCGAGGACUAUUACAAGUUCUCCGUCAUUGGCGGCAGCGUUGCGUACCCCUUUGGCUGCGGGCAGGACUACAUGGCCGUCCACGAGUCCGAGGUUGAGCCGCAGCCCGAGCACCUCUCUGCGCACGAGGCCGCGGCCCUCCCGCUCGUCGGGCUCACGGGCUGGCGCGCAUUCGUAACCAAGUCCGGCAACGCCGUCCCGGGCCGCAACAUUCUGGUCACUGGCAUCGGCGGCGGCGUCGCGCUGCAGGUCCUCCAGUUCGCCGUCGCAAAGGGCUGCUCCGUCUACGUGACCUCGGGCGACCCGGCCAAGCUCGAAAAGGCCAAAAAGCUUGGCGCGGCCGGUGGUGUGAGCUACCGCGACAAGGACUGGGACAAGCAGCUCCUCAAACAGCUCCCCAAGUCGCGCCCUUAUAUCGACGCCAUCAUCGACGGCGCUGGCGGCGACGUGGUCAACCGCGCCGUGCGCCUGCUCAAGCCCGGUGGCGUGGUCAGCUGCUAUGGCAUGACGACGGGGCCCAAGAUGCCGUGGACCAUGUCGGCCGUGCUCAAGAAUGUCGAGCUCAAAGGCAGCACGAUGGGCAGCAGGGCAGAGUUUGCCGAGAUGGUCGCGUUCGUCGCCGAGAGGAAAAUUGUGCCCGUCGUCAGCCGCGUGGUAAAAGGUCUGGAUAACCUAGGCGAGAUUGAUGGCCUUUUCAAGGAGAUGGGCGAGGGCAAGCAGUUUGGUAAACUGGUCAUUGAGAUCUCCAAGCCUGGCGAGACUGCGAAACUUUGA